AUGAAACUUAGAAAAUGGAGUCGUCUCGCCAUUGAAGAUUAUCUCAUGGUCUUUGCCUUCGUCAACUUUACAGGAGUUGUCGUCUCGAUCAACGAAGUCGCCGAGAAAGGCAGUAACUACAUGCCCGCUGACGUCGCCGCAAAGCUCACCCCCGAUGGAAGACAACAAGCUAUAAUCGGGAGUAAAAUGACCUUUGUACUCGAAAUAUUCGCACUUACUUGUACAUGGACCAUCAAAGCGUGUCUUUUGUUUCUGUACGCGAGGUUGACGCAGGGCACAUCGAUAAGACAGAAAUGGGCAGUACGAUUUGUCUCUGCGUUUUGCGCGGUCACGUACAUCGUUGUUACCUUCAUGUUUGUAUUUUUUUGGUGUUCGCCUACGCCUGAAUAUUGGUCUGUUCCUGUUAACCCCAAGAAGAUGCAAUGUGCGACGUAUUACAACCAUAUGAUCUUUGCGACGGCUUGCAACAUCGCAAGCGACAUCAUGCUGAUCUUAUUACCGAUCCCAAUUGUCAUCAACAUCAGUCUCCCCAAGAAGCGCAAGAUCGGUUUGUGCUGCGUUUUUGGCCUCGGUUUGUUCAAUAUCCUCGCCGCCGUCCUCAACCGUUACUACAACUUCAGCAACCCCAACUCCUACGUCUUUCUCUACUGGUACGUCGCAGAAGGCGGCGUCGCCCUCUGGGUCGGAAACCUGCCUCUCUGCUGGCCCGUUCUGCGUCUCGCCAUCGGCUCCAAAGGCGAUUCCACCGACCCCUCCUCAUACCCCAACACUCCAUACCGCAACGGUUCAUACCCCGAAGGUUCAGCGCGACGGAGAACUCAAGGACUUCACCCGCUGUCAAGCAAACCUUCAAUCUGGGCUAAGUUGGAGGAUGAGGAUGGCGUGCGCACUGACGUUUCGCCAGAGCAGGGAAGCCAGAUUGAGCUGGUGGACCAGCAUGGACCGGAUCUGCUGCAGCGGCCGUACCGCGCUGAGGCGAAAAUUAGCAGUGGGACGCAGCAGCAUGAGAGGGCUCGUAGCGGACAGAUUACAGUUGUUACGAGCGUGGAGGUUAGCACGAAGCAGACGUAG